CUUCUUUCCCAUCAUCUUUGCUGCUUUUUUUAUCGCUGCUUUCUCUCCCACACAAUUGCUACCUUUUUUUCCCCAUCGAGUAACACAAUACCCUUCUUAAAUCCUCUUCAAUUGCACAACGUCCGAAACACCUCCGGGACGACUUUUGCACUACCCCUGAGUGAACGACCAGCCACAUGCUUCUCAGAUCCCCGGAAGCUGUCACCUGAAGCCAACAAAAUCAUAAUCCAAUGCUCCCGAUGCUCUCUUCAAAAAGUCGCUGGCCACUUACAAGCACGGGCCAUUCGCUCACACAACCCUCGACACGAUGCAGCUCUCCCUCUCAGCCGGCCAUCAACUCUCGACCUCAUCCAAACUCUCGAUAUGCCUCAACCCCUCCAGCCUCAUCCCUUUUCUCCGACUCAAUUGACUCGAGAAUCUCCUCAAUGCUCGAGCAAGAUAUCAAUAAAUCAAACGAUAGCGACUACCAGCUCAAGCUGGCCCUGACAGAUCUACUGAACUGCUCCGAUAUCAAGUCAGACCAAGAGGUGCGGAGAUGGGUGCAGAAUCGACUGAUGGACACGGAGCACCGACUUAAAGCUCGACGCAAAAGCCGCAUCAUGCGGUGCGAACAAUAAAAGCUACUAUUUACCCUAUCCUUCUUCUCUUGCAAGUCUCCUAUCAGCGAUGAAAAACGGAGCUGCUUCGGUGUUUUGGGAGGCCUAUACGGGUGGCUAGCAUUCGAUUUUCCGACCAAAUUUUUCUUUUCUCUUUUACCGACUUCCUACUUUUUUUAAUUCGAGAUUUCGCCUCGUUUGGACGUCUAUUGAGCGAUACAUUACCUUGCAUAGUGGCAAUUUUUCUUUUCAGUGUUGGAUUAUAUUCUCUUGAGGUUUGGAAUGGUGUUUGAUGUUUCCUUGGCUGUCCAUUUCUGCGGUCAGACGACUACCGCGAACGGCAGCUUAUUCAAUCUCCCAGGGUUGGUCGAGGACCGAGAACAUGUUUCAGCACUGCGUCUGUGCAACAGAUGAUCAACCAGUGUGCUGUAUAUAGCGUAUACUCUUUGCUUAUUAUUAAAACUAUAUCUAGGGCAAAUAAGCCGAUAAAAAACAUAUUAGAACAGCAUUUAAUUCUUCAGUUCCUCGACUCUUUGCUGUAGGUACUCCGUUCAAGCA